UAAUACACUGAUACAUUUAAUCGAUACAUAAAAAAUACAAUGAUGUACUGUGGCUACUUCACUUUGGACAAAAAGUGAAUAAAUGUAAAUAUGAAUAUAAAUGUAGAAUAAAAUGUCAGUAGGAGUUAAAAUCAGCUCCACUUCAACUAGCUAACACUUUAAAAUGCUGCUUACAUGUUAAUGUAUCAAUAAUAACAAUAAAAUAAUGGGCCAUUCUGAUGCCCAAUGAGUCCUUUACUUUUGAUACUUUUAAAUACAUUUAUGAUACUUUCACCAAAGUAUAGUUUAUCUUGUAAUAGAGUAUUUCUGCAGUGUGGUAUUAUGACGUGUACUUGAGUAACACUGUAGCAGUAUUACAGUAGAGAAGCUGUAUUACUGGUCCGCUCGUGUUCACCGUCUGGAAACAACGUCAGCGUGCCAUUACGCAUCUGGACAGCGCGCGCUCCAGCGGCAACGACAGAUCCCCGGAGGAGCAGAGGAGCAGAGAGGAUGAUGAUGGUGACGGUGGCGGUGUGGUGAUGAUGAUGAUGAGGAGGAGGAAGAGCGCCUUCUGCGUCUUGGGAAUUUGUAUUUUCAGGAUGAUGGAUGUGAUGGAUCACUACUGCUGUCAUUAUAUCUUCUGAGAGAGACAGAGAGAUAGAUGGGGGACCAUCACCGGCGGACCCGGAGACUCGGGAGCCUCCCGAUCAAGUCCCGGGUCUCCAAGGAGACGAAGCUCCGGCUGCGCGUGAUCUUUCUGGAUGACAGCGAGCGCACGUUCGAGGUGGAGCAAAAGGUUUUAGGUUGUGACUUCUUCAACAAAGUUUGUGGUCAUCUGAAACUGCUGGAGAAAGAAUACUUUGGACUGGAGUUUAGACACCACAGUGGCAACUAUGUGUGGUUGGAGCUACUGAAGCCGCUGACAAAACAGAUUAAAUACUCCAAUGAUCUGUUCUUCAGGUUUAUAGUCAAGUUCUUCCCACCAGACCCUGGACAACUUAAGAGAGGCCUCACCAGGUAUCUUUUUGCCUUACAGAUAAAGCAGGACUUGUCUAACGGGAGUCUGACAUGUAAUGACAACAGCGCCGCCCUGCUGGUGUCUCACAUACUGCAGUCAGAGCUAGGGGACUAUGACGAGGAGCUGGAUUGUCACCAUCUGGAGAUGAAGCAGUAUGUCCCCAACCAGGAAUAUCUUGACCAUAAAAUCAUCAAAUUCCACAAGAAACACAGAGGUGUGUCUCCAGCAGACUCAGACAUCCACCUGCUGGAGGUGGCGAGGAAGCUGGACAUGUACGGCAUCAGGCCUCACCCAGCCCACGACGGGGAGGGGAUGAGGAUCAAUCUGUCUGUCACACACUCUGGAGUACUGGUCUUUCAGGGAAACACCAAGAUCAACACUUUCAGCUGGGCGAAAAUCCGCAAGUUGAGCUUCAAACGCAAACACUUCCUCAUCAAGCUACAUGACAAAGUUGGGCCAUCGUGUAAGGACACACUGGAGUUCUGCAUGGCCAGUCGAGAUGUGUGUAAGUCGUUCUGGAAGACGUGUGUAGAGUACCACGCUUUCUUCAGACUGGCUGAGGAGCCGAAGACAAUGCACAAAACACUGCUGUCCUGCAAGGGCUCCAGCUUCAGAUACAGUGGACGGACACAGAAGCAGCUACUGGAGUGCAUGGGAUCCCGGGAGAAGAAGCCUUUGCACUUUGAGAGGACUUACUGUCAGUCAGACUACGAUCCCAGACAGUGUCGAUCUUCCCCAGAUCUCCUCACCGAUGUCUCCAAACAACUGUAUGAGCACUCCCACCCGUUCCCUCGGUCGAGUCGUGCCUUGGCGGUCCACAGUCAGGACGAGCUGGACCCGCAUCACCGGGGAUUAGACAACAUUGAAAUCGAGGGAGGAGGGGCUAAACGAAGCUAUUCAUCUGUUGAGGUUGCCCAGAAGUCCCGCCCUCUCUCCCAAGUCACUCCCCUCUCGCCAUCUUUCCACCCAUUAACCCCCUCACCCAAGAUAAGAUCUGCUUCUACAUCUGUGAUGGAGGACAUGAAAGGGGGACGAAUUGGGGCGCAACGCCAAGCUCAACGCCUAGCUGGUGUCUAUGGCAACCGUUCACGGCGCCGGCCAAACCCACAGCCACACCCAGAUGCAGCGCAGCAGCUGGUUCUUCUCUACCCAAACAGCCCUGCCUACCAGUACCACCCCAUCCUUCCAACAUUCCCAUUUGCCGGUUCCUCACCGCUCAACCGACACCCCUACUUAUCAGACUACGUUGCUGUUUCUUCACUGGAGCGUUUCCCACAGUCAAGACGACAAGAUUAUGUGACGAUGGAUGGCCUACCUCGGCCAUCUUUUUACCCACUAAGCCAAGAUUCGCCAUCUGUCUCGCCAAUCAGGAGGAACCUUCGCCCCUCAGGCGGACUGGGUUUGACUAGGGUUUACCAGUCAGGAAGCAACAGUGCGAGGUUCUUGGGCGUUGGACGUACUGAGGCGGGGCAUUACAGCGACGACUCCAGCUUUCUUCCGGGCCUGCCUCGCCGAGUGGCCAGCCAACCAGAUGUUAAGUUUCACCUCUCAAGGAGUUCUAACCCCGCCUUUAACCCGGCCUCUGAGUUCCGACCCCUAGGUUACUACCCCCAUCUGACACGCCCCUCCAGACCCACCUACCUCCCGCUAAACUCCUCCCCUCUGCCUGAUCGCCCCACUUCGCUAUGCAUGAUCAGCGGCACUACGGGUAACUACAGCGAUUCGGACCCAGAGGUUUUCUACCCAUAUUACUGCCCGCCACCCCCGCUAGGGAAAGUGGUACGGUCCACAGGACUAGCCAGGAUGAGGUUUUCCUCUGGGAGCCUCCAGCUGGAUGAGGAGGAAGAGGGGGAGGAGGAGGAGGAGGAGGCAGGAGUGAAGGGGAAGACAAUGAGGGAUGAAGAGCUAAAGAAAGAGGAAGAAGAAAAGGAGAUGAAAGGUGCUUCGAAGGUUACUGAGGUCACACUGUAGGGAAAGAAAACAUUUUACACAUGAAACAGGUUCAUAUAAAGAUCACAUUAAAAACUGGCAGGUUCGCUCAAAACAAACACAUCCACCACAGACUGCAGAUAACACAAGACAAUUGUGAUAAAUGUGAUGGUUUCGUGUGUAUAAGAAGUGUAUUGUUUUAAGGUGUACGGGCAGAUGAAUUGAAUAGUUUUCACCUUGUUUUAGCAAAAGAAAACUAAUACUGACUGUCAAUUAGUAGUCAUAUUACGGGUACAAACUUACAAUUAAUACUUGUAAAAUGAUAUCUGCUAUUAUCCAAGGUCAAACAAGCUGUACCAAAAUGUAACAAUAGAGGUUGCCAUUGCUACACCAAGAGGAAAUUAAACUUUUAGUGACAUUAGAAGCCUGGCAGUAUGGAUUAAAGCUGUCUGUUGGUUGGAAUAAACAACUGGUUGACUUGUAGUCCAAGAUACCUGCCUUGUGAAGCAAUGUCCCAAACAAAAAUGUAAGAUGACAUACAGCCUCCUAAAAGCCAAGGUAAAGGAAAACUAAGGUCUGUUACAACUUGUGUUUUAUUUCUGUAAAUCCAGCCAUCAGUUCCACAGCAUUGUACUGACCAAAAUGAUUGUUCAGUAUUACUAAAAAUUGGUCAGACAGGGCAACAAACGUCAGGUUAGCCAAACUUAGUACUUAACCGAACACACAGAUUAUAGACUGGUGUGCUGGUUCAAUUUCAACACUCUUUUCCUUUAGCAAUGAGGGAUUAUUAAUGACAUGACGGGUGUGGUCACUCUCAGUUUUACCUCUAAAUAAACUACGUUUACAAGUUGUCGACAAAUUAUUGAUCAUCUAUCUUACCAGUUGGGUUUCUGGCACUGUUGGACCCAUUUUUAGCAAUGCUAAGGAUUUUGUCACAAUGUUGGUGUGUACAUCAUAACCAAUAGAACCAAUGACUGAUGCUACAAAGAUAAAAAAACAAUAAACCAUAGCUUUCCUUUAAUUACUAAGCCCCAUUUGGCCAUGUAAUGAGAAUGGGGAAAGUCACUUCACUGCCACAUAAAAGAAAAUUUGUAUGACUUUGAUACAAAGUCUUGUGUGUGAUGCGUUUAUAGAUUUGGACAACUUAUUGGAUAACUUUUUGGGUAAUGUAGUUGGGUAAUGUUUCUGAAAAUAAAUGGUUCUUGUGAAAUCUGUUGAAAAAUGUGAAUUUAAAAGACCUUUUUGGUUUAUAAAAGAUUUGUCAAUAAAGGAUUAUACACAGGAAGAUGACUGUGGUCUGAGAGGGGUCUGGUACAUUCAGAAUAAUUUAUUACAUUACUUACAAUUGCAUACUAUUAUAUAAUGGGUGAUUUCACCCAAGCAAUUAAAUGAUAUAUACAGUUAUAAUAAAAGUAACUGAAAUCUAAAUAUAAGUACAGAUUCUCAAAAAUUACUCACAAUAUACCUCCAAAUUUCAAUUUCAAAAACAGUUUUUGACCUCCAAACUUUGUACAUGUGUACUGAUACCGAUUGUUACUCCUGAUCAUUUUCCUUUCAGCAAAAUAAUGGAGUAAGAGAAACACCACAAAUUUCUCAAUCAAACUUAAAUAUUUAUUCAUAAAACUCUACGUCCCGCUACAAAAAAAGAAAAAAGAAACGAGUACAUUUCUUCAAAAUCUUACAUCUUUCAUUUUACACCCCCCCUCCUCCCCUUCCCUCCCCCAAACAAGCAUUGUCGUAUCCCUUAUGGUAAUAUAAAAAGACAAAAAUAUACAAUGACCAACUUUUAUAGUGUCUUUGGUACAAACUGUCAGUAAUACUUUUAAUCACAGUUCCCUUUAUGCACAUGAAAACAAUCUGUGCUACUUUUUGAUGUCCCAACUCAACAAUAAGUUGAGAGUUCUUAAUGUUUUCCCAAACUGAAUGUGUAUUAAAAAACAGACUUUUCAUGAGCAAGUGGAAGACCUUUGUGUGCUUGUACCUUGCUUACAGGAACAUUUUCAUUUUGUUCAAUUGCCAUCACUGAAAUUAUAUUUCCACCAGAUACUUUCUGAACUACACACUUCCCAGAAAACAAUCAAAUCUCGUCACCCAUAGCCAAUACUUAAAUUACCUCCAGACUUAUGUCAUUGUCAAAAUUUCUCCAUUACUACCAUUUCAUUCGACCAAAAAGUUUGAUGCUAAUGUCUUAGCAAACACAGACAUUGAUUUUAUUAAAAUGGCAGCUGUUUGGAACACUCAAGGUGGGGAAACUUUAACAUAACUAGCAUUAUUUAAAUAAAUUUGAGGAUUUCAGACAUACAACAUGGAGUAAAUUAAGCUAGCUACUUUGGGGACAGCUACAACAACAACUAGAUAGUAAGAUAACUGGUUAGCAAGCUACUUGUUGAGUAGCCAGAGCCUAGUUGCUCCCAAAAAGUAGUCAAAAAAUGGGUCUUUACUCUUAAAGGUGCAGUGUGUAGGAUUUAGUGGCAUCUGGUGGUGAGGUUGCUGAUUGCAACCAACUUGAAUACCCCUCCCCUCACCCUCCCUUUCCAAGCGUGUAGGAGCACCUAAAGUGGCCUCUCUAGAGCCCGUGUUUGGUUUGUCCAUUCUGGGCUACUGUAGAGAUAUGGCGGGGCAACAUGGCAG